AUGCGUUCGACGAUAGGCUUGCCCGCUUUUAUGUUGACAGACCCUACCCUGCGGGUUUGGAGGGAGGGGAAGGCGCGGGGACCCCAGAUUCAGGAUGUGGCCAGACCAUCCCAAGGAGCAUUGGCCCGAGAUCAGGCCUCAUUCUCUAGGGCCAACUUUCGGCCUAUACGAGUAGGGGCCAUUGACGAUGACGCUGCUAUCGACGAGCUCCCCGCUUUCUUCGAAGAUACAACAUUGAAAUUCGCCGAGAGCCUCCUAGCUGGUACGCAGGAUGGCCUGGCCAUCAUUAACGCAAACGAACGCAAUUUGUCUGGUCCCGAAAGAUACUCAUGGCAGGAUCUACGCGAAUUUGUGCGUCACUACGCAGACGCUUUAACGGUGUCGGGUCUGAAAGAGGAGACGUUGUUGCACGUAUGGAUGUAA